AUGGGUCCGCGCUCGCCGGAUUCUAACAGGCCACUGAAUGUGACGGAUGCGCUGAGUUAUCUCGAUGCGGUCAAGAUGCAGUUCCAGGACAAGCCUGACGUGUACAACCACUUCUUGGAUAUCAUGAAGGAUUUCAAGAGUCAGGUGAUCGACACCCCAGGGGUUAUUGAACGUGUCUCCAUGCUAUUCCAUGGCAACCCGUAUCUCAUCCAAGGUUUCAACACGUUCCUGCCUCCGGGAUAUCGCAUUGAGCUCUCGACUGAUCCACGCAAUAUGGAUACCAUCACAGUAACGACUCCAAUGGGGAUAAUGACGCAGAAUAUCUCUGCAUAUGGUGCACCUGUGCGGAUUCCUCGUGAUUCACUUGCGCCGGGAUCGAGCGCGGUUCCAUCCUUCCUUCAGCAGCCACCAUUGGCCCUGCCUCCGCCACCGGUGCUGCCGGUCGGUAUUGGCAACGGCUCUCGUCCUGCUACACCGUCCAGAAUGCAUGCCCUCGCUGCUGACUAUAACUACACCUCGUCGGUAAUGUUUCCGUCUCCCAUGGCAGGAUCGCAGACGACCGCUGCGGCGUCCUUCCUCGGCAACCUGGCUAAUCGGACAUCUGAAGGCAUUCCCACUGGAGAAUUCAACCAUGCUAUACAGUUUUUGAAUAAGAUUAAGGUGCGCUUCGAGGCCGACCCAGAGACAUACAAGCAGUUUUUGGAGAUCCUGCACGCGUACCAGAAGGAGCACAAGCAUUUGGAGGACUCACAAGUCUAUGCUCAGGUGCAAAUGUUGUUCAAGAACGCGCCCGAUCUCAUGGAGGAAUUCCGAGAUUUCCUGCCGGAAGCCUUGGCGCCUGCUACACAAUCUGUAGGGCUGGUGGGUAUUCUCCCACAUCCUACAGGCGGCCCUGGUGCGUGGUCACAAGGAGAAGCGUCAACGUCUACUGGCGAGAAGGGCAGAACGCCCACCAGGAGGAGAAAACGGGCUCCAGAAAAGGAAGUUCCAGGCGCACAGAAGACAGUCGGCGGUCGAGUACGUACUGCGAAGCGACCGAAGGUUAACCAGAAACCUGAACCGCAGUCGCCCAGAUAUUCAGGAUAUCCCCCACCGCCUUCUCCGCCUCUUGUUUAUGCCCCUCAGAAUCAAGCGGUAGCCGUGCUGCAGCAUCCUCAAGCAGGCAUUGUCCCUCACCCCGCACAAAUCACCGCCACACUGAAUAUGAACGGCGCACAAAACACAACUCAAGACGAGCUGAUGUUCUUUGACCGUGCCAAGAAAGCCUUGGAGAAUGGCGGGACGUAUGAGGAGUUCCUGAAACUGCUCAAUUUAUUUGCAAGGGACGUGAUCGACGCGAAGACCCUCAUUGACCGAGCGGAGAUUUUCCUGGGCGAAGGCGAGCUGAUGACCCAAUUCAAAGAGUUGAUGGGUUGGGACGAUAGGCUUGGGAACAUUGAAUACGGUCCGCCCGGGAGCAUUAGAACAGGUCCUCCGGACCCAUUUGCACCGAGACUUCCGGACGACGGACAGGGCCCGAGCUAUCGCCGUUUGCCCGAGUCGGAGGUACGACUGGCAUGCUCCGGGCGCCGUGAGCUGGAAAGAUCCGUGCUCAAUGAUGAAUGGGUGUCCAACCCUACAUGGGCUUCAGAGGAGUCCGGAUUCGUUGCGCAUAAAAAGAACACCUUUGAGGAUCUGCUGUUCAGAAGCGAGGAAGAGAGGCACGAGUUCCAAGUGCAUAUUGAAGGGCUCGCACGAACCAUCCUCGUGUUAGAAGGGCUUGACGCUCGCAUUGACGAGAUGUCUGCUGAAGAGCGCUCACAAUUCAAACUGAAGCCCGGUCUGGGAGGCUCGUGCCCCGCUAUCUAUGAACGCACUAUCCGAAGAAUCUAUGGCCGCGAUGGCGCCACUGAAGUGUUGAAGGCGCUUCAAGAAUGUCCUGCGGUCGCCGUUCCUGUGGUCCUCAAGCGGCUAAAGCAGAAGGAUGAGGAAUGGCGGCGCGCACAGCGGGAGUGGAACAAGACUUGGAGGGAAAUAGAUUCGAAGAACUUCUACAAGGCUCUUGACCACCAGGGACUAAUGUUCAAGGCCAACGACAAGAAGAAUAUCACUGCCAAGUUCUUCGUCCAGGACAUAGCGUCUAUCAAAGACUCUCAGGAGAAGGUCCGCGAAGCUGAAGAAGGACUUUCCUGGGCAAAGGGCAGCUUGGGCUGUCAGCUCGACUACAAUUUCUCGGACGCAAGCGUCUUGCAAGACUCCCUCAAGCUGAUAUUAUCCUUCUUGGACCAUUCUAUGUCGCAAUACAGCCCGGCGGAACGUAGAAGUAUCGAGCGCUUCUUGCAUUCAUUCGUUCCGACGUUAUUCAUGUUCGCACCCCAAGGUUUCGACUCCGCUUGCGGGCCCUUACAGCCGGGACACGAGGACGAGGUAGGCGACGAUUUAGCGGAUGGGGAUGGAGCAGAUGACUCGACAAAGUCUGGCCGUGAUCGCAGCGGCAAACGGCAAACCAGCGGCGGCCAGUCUGUAGGCGUGCCGCCAGGGGAUUUGAGGAAGAGACUACUGAAGACUGCCCAGGACAGAUCGCCGAGAAACCGUCCACAACCCUUGUUCUCUAGGUCGGCUGCACUUUCGAGGUCAGCAUCCCCGGUUCCAAGCGAUGGCCAGCCGCCGACGGCUAAGGCUAAGGGUUCAAGACUGAACAAGGAGCUAGACAUGAAUAACGAGCACCUCUACACAGACGAUAUCUGGAUCAGGGAAGCUGUUAUUGAUUCGACGAUUGCCGUGGGUGAUACCCGCAUCAUGAGACGAUCCUUCUUCGCGAACACGACUUUCUACACGUUAUUGCGCCUCUUGCAGCUGCUCUAUUCACGGCUACUGAUCUGCAAGGAAAUAGGAGCACGACUUGCGGCUGAGAAGCAUGCCUCAUUACUUGCUAAUAAUGUCGCAGUGCAGCUGGGAUUGGACGAGCCAAACGGACCUCCGGCCAUCCUUGCACAAGCCUUAGAGGCAGUCGGAGAGGUUCGUGCGGGAGAAGAGCCCAACGUGCUAUAUUUGUAUAUGCUGGACGCAUGUGAGAAGGUGUUCGACAGUGAGCUAGACCAGGCGACCUUUGAAGAGCACAUGCGGUGGUUUUUUGGCACAAAGGCUUACCAUGUAUUCACCCUGGAUCGAAUCAUCACCGCCGUUGUGAAACAGGUACAAACCAUUAUGGCGGACAACAAAUGCCAAGAAUUAUGGUAUUUGCUACAACGAUCGCGAGGCGAGAACAGCCUCACCUUGCACGACGCUAUCAGAUAUAGAAGGGAAGCGGAGCGUCAUGUGGGAUCAGACGAUAACCUCUAUAGGGUCGACUGGGACGGCCAAUCGAAGCGGCUGCUGGUGCAGCUGGUCGGGGCUACUGAUCCCAGUGUGGAGCAUGAGCGAACGGCUCGGGGGCGCUGGAAGGAAUACGUCGCGACGUAUGUAAUGGAGUAUCCGACCGAAUGGAUGCCAGCAAGACGUGCAUCGGGAAUGCCUCUAUUUUUGAAGAGGUGCGUAGCAGCUAUUUCGGUGCGUAAGGGCGAGGCGGUUGCGCGGGUGGGGAUGCUGCGGGUGGUCGUGCGGACGGGCACGCACAAGUUGUUGUACGAGGCGGGGGGCGAGGACGUGGUGUGGCGACGGCGUGGGGCAGAGGAAGAGGCGGCCCUUCGACGGCGGGCAGCUGUCCGGGGGGACGAGCGGCAGCGGUGGCUCAGCCGGCAGGGAUGGGGGUCCGUGGGAGCGUAG